CUUCGGUGUGCAACUUCUCUUCUCCAGGGGCGUACGUACCAAAGUGUUUUUUUUUGUCUCUCUCUCACCGAAUCCCGAAUCAAUCGCACGUGGCGGCGUGAUAUACGGGAUUGUGAAACUUUUUUCAGUAAUUUCAUUGACAUUAACCUACCUACGCCUGUCAAUUUUAACAUAAGUACACGAUAUCUCGAUGCUCGCGAUCCGAGGGAAUCGAUCAGUGAAAUAUGCGUGAAAUGUUACGAUAAAAUUACGGUUAUAUUUAUUCGUAAAAUAGAAUUACGUAAUCGUGUUGUUCUAUUUACUUUUUCUUUUCAAAUGACGCGUAUAAAUAAUUCACGAUACAUAUUCUUCGAAUAAUACUCGAAGGUAUUUGUUAGCCAUAGUGAAUGUACAAAAGCACGUAGAAACAUCGAAAUUUAAGUAACACUGAGUAUCGAAUCUAUUCUGACGAGACGGAGAAACGGACGCUUAAAUACAUAGUAUAUUUCACUAGCAAGUAAGAGGAAAGGUUAUUUCGAACGAUGCGCAGGGGCACCUCGGAGAGUGCGUCCGUACCUGUGUCCGCAACUUCCGUAUUUAUGAUCUAAAUGCUAGGACAACGGCGACGUGGAUUUAGCAUCGACGCCAGGCGUCGCGUUUCACUCGAUUUUCGAAGAGCAGUGGUAAGUUUCGAGCACACGGGCAGCAGGCGGCGCAGACCGCGAUAAAUUCACUCUUCGUGUGCGGUUUUUAUCGUUGCGAACGCGAGAAAACUGAAAUUCCAAAGACCGCUUCGUGUCCGAGGAGAGAAAAAUAAAAGUGACGGCCGCCCUCAUUCAGUUUCAUUUUGUACGCGGGUAUGUAUGUAGUAAACGAUGUAACGCACGGUGUAAAUGACGAAAGUGGGGGGGUAUUUAGUUUCCGCAUCCUCGCCACGCUUCUAAAAACAAAAUUCGCGUCGGGGAGGAACUCGCGCUCUCACGUUGUUGACAAAGUUGUAUUCUUUCAGAUCUUUUGCACGACGUGUUUAAACAUCAAACACGUGGUUAUAUUAAGGUGCGUACAUAUUUGUUACCGUACCCUCGCUGUGUUGUUGUGUUGUCCAACGUGUGAAAAAUAACACGAUAAGAAACGUUAGACGCUGUUUCGUUGCUAUAUAUGAUUUCGUUGCUUGCUGUGGCUCUUCCGACGGAUGUUCGGGAAAGUGGCCCACUCUAAUGGAACUAUCGAACGCGCUUUUACGUUUCCGCGUACUUAAGAUCAAGAGCCUUAAUCGUCGUCUGUUCAAUUGAAAUACGAUGAACUAACGUAGAGAAUUAGAAUUGCGAUUACAAAUUAGAAAUUCAGGUCCUGCAUCGAAUCCAAUGUUAUCAUUAAAUUCAAGUGUGCAACAGUAACAAAUGUGUAUGCACCCUUAUGGAUCGUGACGGUGUAUCGGCUAUAUUAAAUAUUAUGUUACAACACGUGUACGAUCCACCAUUCAGUAGCACGAUUUUGUUUUCUUGCGUUUGAUUGGUGUAGUACGGCGCUUGAUCUAUAUUUAAAAAAAGUUUAAUAAGAUAAUUUUUGUUGAAAAUUGCGGCUCAUUCUACAUAGGACGCUGAUAGAAGCAAUUCUUGUAUCUUGAUUGACAGUUUGUUAAACAAUAAUUCAUCGAGUAUUAAAUAUUAAUACAUAUAAAUCAUUUAAAUAUACAUCAUUUUAUUAUAUCACGAGAGUUUAGAAAAAGAAAUAAUGGAUGAAAAAGAUGAAAUAAAUUUAAUACGGAUACGCAAUAGUCCUAUUAAUAUGUCAAAGAAAUGUGAAAAUCAAGAACAUGAGAAUAAUAGUUUUAUUGAUGUUAAAUCAUCUGAAAAUAUAUUUCCAUGGAUCAAUAAAUUUAAUAAAAUAAUGUCUUCAUCUGUGGGACAUAGAAGUUACCGAUUGUUAAAACAUUUACUUUCGCUUUAUACACAACAUAUUUUAACCAGUGUAAAUACAUAUUGCGAAAAGACACUGGAUAUUAUAAAAUUGAAGAAUCACCUAAGUAGUACACUGAUAUUUUUUCAUCUUUAUUGGAAUGAUAUAAAAGAGCAUGUUAAUGAUUGCAACUUAUAUUUAAACCAGAUGUCAGUGUUGUUGGGGAUAUAUAUAGACAUAGAGCUUAAAACUUUUAAAUGCACUAUGGAUUCAUCUAAAGUUGCUUCAAAACUUCUUUCAGCAUUAUGGAUAUAUUUAAGUAAUUCAGAAAAGCAUAUUUUCAGAGUUUUACUUAGACUUAAGUUUGUCACUAAGAAAUAUGCAAAAAUUUAUGAUCUUAUAUUCAUGAAAAGUUUUACUACUUUCAAAAAAGGUGUAGAAUCUUUGACAGACAUUGAUUAUAUCAGGUAUUUGCUUGUUUUAAAAAUGUGGAAAAAAACCAAAGAAACUGUUGAAGAGAAAAAGCAAAUGAAUAAAAUGGCUCUAACAAUAUUGGGUCCAUGUAUUCCAAAAAUGCAUAAUGAAUUAUUAAACAUAAUACCUAAAGUACCUACAGGGCUUGAAAAUGAAACUAUUUGGCUAUUACAACCAAAUGUAUUUGACUUAAAAACUGCAUGUAAAAAUUUUUUAAUAUUUGAAGAACAAACAAUGUCUGCUGAAUUUAAAGAUAACCACUUAAGAACUUCCAAAUUAAAUUUUGAAUUAUCACAGAAUUUAUCAUAUGAUACCCAAAAAUGUUUCACAAACUGUGAAUUCAAAAAAAGUCAUAUAGGUAAUUCAGAAAAUAAUCAUACUUUUGAGGAGGAAAUGAAAAGUAACAAGAAUAGCAAUCAACAACUUUUUCCAUUAAGAAACAAGAACAAAUAUAAAAAGGUGUCAAAUUCUGGAGCAGUGAUUUUGAUUGAUUUAACUGAAGAUGAGUUAAAAACGAAUACAAAGAAAAAGAAGAAAGGGUGUCAAAGAAGUUUAGAAUGGUUAAAAAUGGUGAAGAAGAAAUAUAAAAUGCAAAAACAAAUUAAUGGAAUAAAAUAUAGAAAUCAAUUAAAAAUUGCAGAUGCUUACAAUGCAGAUAACUUUGGUUUCCAAUUACCUGUUUCGAACAAUAAAGUUAAUGAAAGUACAGAAAAUUGUACUUUAACAGAAGAAAAAUCAGUUCAAAAUAAUACUGAUAUAUCGGAAAAAAAUAUACUUGAUCUCAAUAAGAGAAAUAAUGAAUUAAAAUCUAUGUUCCAAAAUAAACAAUGUGACACAUGUACUUCAUUAAUAAAACAAACGGAUGUGCAACGUAAUAAAAUUUUAUAUUUAUUGAAACUUUUGAGCAUCGUGGGACAAAAUAUUAAAGAACCAAAAACUGUAUUAAAUCUACUGAGAGAAAGUAGGAAUGAAAAUAUGUCUUCUGAACAUAGUGUUUCUUUUAGAAAUGCAAUCAAUGAGUCUAAUAAAAUAGAUGCUCAGGAUAAAGAAUUGUUUUCUCAGUCAAAAAGUUCCAUAAAGACAAUAUUCUUGUCAAAGGAGUGCCAAAAUAAUAUUACAGAUAUACAAUCUAUAAAACAAGAGUUACCAACGAAUAAAGAUUCUAAUGUGAUAGAAGAAAAUACUUAUUGCCAAACUGAAUCUAUUUAUGUACAAAAUGAUCAUUUACACGAUUUAAAAUUUAAAAAUAGUCAUAACUCGCAAGCGAUGAAACAAAACAUUGUUCAGAAAGUUCGUGACUGUAUAGACUGCUGCAAGAAGAAUGAAGUGAAACCUUUCUCUUGUCAUAAUAGUAAUAUAUUUAAUACAAUAAAGAGCGAAGAUGUAACACAAAAUACAAUGGAUAGCAAUACUAUUGAUAAGACAACAAUUUGCGACAAAAAUAUAAUGUGUAUAUUAAAUGAUCUUGACAAAUGUAUGGACGUUUUAAAUCGUAUUAGCGAACAUAUUAUAACUAUUCACGCAGAAGAACAGCGAUCAGAAUUAGAUAAGAUGAACGUACGUACUGUUUUUACUACAGUUUUAGGAAAUCAAUGUGCAGAAUCAUUGUUAUCAGAUUGGAUACAAAAUAUUAAUUCAUUAACAGAUACAGAAAUACUUAGUAAAAUUUUAGAGCUAUAUGAAAAAAAAGACUUAUUAAAUAAGUGCAACUGUCAAGAUUUUCAUUUUCUAAAUGAAUUUAAUAAAUUAAUAUCUCAACCAAAAGAAUAUCAAUCUUAUGGAAAAAAUAAUAUUUUUCUGGAAAACAAAUUACCUUCAAGCCUUAUCUAUAAUCAUAUAAAAUCUGAAUUUGGACACAAUAUUAAGAAAGAAAAUAAUGAAAGUUUUGAAAUUCUAAAAAAUAAGAUACAGGAUAUAAAUCAACAUAAAAUUAAUUUACUAACAAAUAAUCAAACUUGUGAUGCAUCUUUUAUCCAUGAUAUGAAAUACUUCAAGAAAACAAAUCACGAUGUGCAUUGGUGAU